AAUAUUGUUCUGCAUUCUCUGUUUACCAGACGAAAAAGACUCGUCGCGACGUAACAGAACAUUUUUCAUGUGUAACGAAUAUAACUUCAGAUAACAAACAUACCAUUACUGCACUAAUUUGUACAACAGCAAUGGAUACGAUUUUUGAAACGGUGCUGCAUUUAUCUAAUACUUAUUCUCUGCUAGCUAUCUUCGUCGUUACGUCGCUGAUUGCAACGCAUCUUUACAUCGAGAAUUCUCGACAAGUUCGUAUUGCAAACAAGUUACCAGGUCCGCUAAGUCUACCUUUAAUAGGUAACGCAUAUUUGGGUAUAGGACAGGAUCCUCAUUCUAUGUACAAACUUGCUAUCAAAUAUCACAAACAAUACGGAUUGGUAGGAAGAGUGUAUUUUGGAACAAAAGUGCUGGUAUUUUUAGGACACCCGCAAGAUAUCGAAUUGAUCUUAGGCAGUUCCGUGCAUCUCGACAAAUCUGUGGAAUAUCGAUUUUUUCAACCAUGGCUUGGCGAUGGUUUGCUGAUUACAAGUGGAAAAAAGUGGUACAGGCACAGAAAGGUGAUAGCACCUACGUUUCACAUAAGUAUCUUGAAGUCCUUCGUGCCUUUGUUUUACGAGAACAGCAUAGAACUCGUAAGACGGCUUCGCGAUAAAAUCGGAAAAGACUUUGAUUGUCAUGAUUAUUUGUCGGCAGUAACAGUUGAUAUUUUAACCGAAACGGUAAUGGGAGUUAAACGAGAAAAACGGCCAAAAUCCGGAUAUGAUUAUGCUAUGGCUGUAAUGAAAUUGUCCGAUAUUAUACAUCGAAGACAUUAUGACAUAUGGUGUUUGGUGGCAUUCAAGUUAACUAAGUAUUACCGUCUUCAAAAGAAACUCCUUAAAAUCGUUCACGCGGUAACAAAUACCGUGAUCAAAGUGAAAUCGGAAGAUGUCAAAGAGAAACUUGCGACGGAGCAGAAGGAAACCCAGCAAAACAAGAAGCCGACGGAAAAAGCGAAAAGCGAUACCUCUAAUUACACAAAGUUGCACUACGUUAAGGACGAUCUUGAUGACAUCGACGAAAACGAUGUGGGCGACAAAAAGCGACUUGCCUUUCUGGAAACGUUAAUUACCAUGAAACAGCAAGGUGGACUGAUGACUGACGAAGAAAUCUGGGAAGAAGUGAACACCAUCAUGUUUGAGGGGCACGACACUACAGCGGCUGGUUCUAGUUUCGCACUGUGCGUGUUGGGAUGUUUGCCUGAUGUACAGGUGCGUAACGUAAACCCGGGUAAGAUGGCCAAAGUUUUCUUUAAAUGCGAAAAACAAACCUUUAUUUUUGUUAUUUUGUAAUAUUGUUAAUUUAUUUUACUUUA